AUGGGGAAAUCGCAAUCCAAGCUGUCACCAGAGCAACUUACGGAUCUUCAGAAGCACACGUAUUUCGACAAGCGCGAACUGCAACAAUGGUACAAGGGUUUCUUGAAGGACUGUCCCAGUGGACAGUUAGACAAGACGGAGUUCAGCAGAAUAUACAAGCAGUUCUUUCCGUUCGGCGACCCAGGGGAAUUCGCAGAAUAUGUCUUCAACGUUUUCGAUGAGAACAAGAAUGGUCACAUAGACUUCAAGGAGUUCAUAUGUGCACUCAGCGUUACGAGCCGUGGACGUUUGGACGAGAAGCUAAAAUGGGCUUUCCAGCUAUAUGACAUCGAUAAAGAUGGCUUCAUCACGUACGCUGAGAUGCUCCAGAUUGUUCAGUCAAUAUACAAGAUGACUGGGCAAAUGGUGAAGCUCCCCCCAGACGAAGAUACCCCCGAGAAGCGUGUCGAUAAGAUCUUCAAGAAUAUGGACCGAGACAAGGAUGCCAAACUCACCUACGACGAGUUCGUUGAGGGCAGCAAACAGGAUCCGACAAUCGUGCAGGCGCUGUCGCUAUACGACGGUCUUGUAUGA